AUGGCCUCGCGCGCUAGCUCAACUUCAGAAGGCGAGGUCGUCGAGACUCAACACAAGGCAAACACAAUCAGUCAGCCCGGCGAACACGCGAUUAACGGCUCCAAUAGGGUCUUUGGACUAGAUGGUGCUGCGGACGAUCAUGGCUAUAAACAUCGCGCUCUGAGUCGGUCUCCUUCACCCUACCGUCGCAAACGCACCCGUUCUCCUUCACCUUAUAGAAGCAAUCGCGCCGCCGGCCGUUCGCCUUCACCAUAUCGUCACGGCCGAGCUGAUCGAAGUCAUGACGACGACCUUCAUAAGCGCAAGGCUUCACCACCGCGCGGUAGCCGACCUGAGAAGCGACAUCAUACUGAUCGUAGCAGACACGGUGACCGCAGAGAUCGUUCUUACGCAGGGGACGCUCAAGCCGAGACCUCCAGGGAUUUCAAAGAAACAACAGCACGACCAUAUGUCAAACCUAUCUCGUAUGCAGAGAUAGAACACUCGAACCCAGUGCCCAACUUUCGAGAUGGUCUAUCCGCUCAUCAUCGACCUCAGAAGUCGUUCAAUAAUGAUCACAGACGAGACAGAACCGUUCACGUAUCCCAUCAUGACAAUCAAUCCGACAGGAACGGGUCCCGAAAGCAGCCGGUGCAGCCUGUUGAGGACAGGGACAUCGAAAUAGUUCACAGGAAACACGCCCAAGACGAGCCCGAAGUAUCUGUAGUAUCUGUGGAAGAUGAGGUUCCUACCCAAGAGACUCGUGAAGAAAAGCGUCGCCGAUGGGCUGCUAAGCGGGCUGCUGCUGAACAGAAAGCAAAGGACAACCUCCUACAGCAGGCACUUGUCACUAAUGCGUUAGAAAUCACGGCGUCUAAUGCUGUAUCUCCAGCAGCCUAUGUGGAGAGCUCAAUAUCGCCUUUCCCUUCUCCUCGCUUUGGUGAAUUGGAUUCGGUUCCGGCUUCUCCAGAUGUCAUGAUCAUAGACAAGCAAGGAGGUAUCAGUCAAGGCAGCAGCCCAUCAGGUGACAGUCCAUCUGCUGCUGACUACGAUCCGAUGCAAGACAUGCUAGACGAUCGCCAUCGUGCAGCUAAGAAGCUCCAAGGUUCUGAGAUGCCCUCUGAUGCGUACAGUGAAACGGAUCCCAAGCUUCUCUCAACAUUGCCAGCCGAGAAAGCUGCCCCUGCAAAGAAGCAGAGGAAAGAUCUUGAUAUGUUUGCUUCAGAUGACGAAGAAGACGAUGAAGAGGCCGGUGAAACACAAAACUACACAAAAGGAGUUGUGCUCGAUGAGAAGCAGCUUGAUAACUGGGACGACCCUGAGGGUUACUACAAGCUCAUCAGCAACGAAUUGGUGAAUGAUGGCCGUUACCGCAUGACCAAAAACCUAGGCCGUGGAGUCUUUGCCAAUGUAGCACAAGCGGAAGACCAGGCUGCAGAGAGUGAGGAUCAAGAUCACAGGAUGGUUGCAAUCAAAAUGAUUCGCAGAAACGACCUGAUGCGAAAGGCGAGUCAGAAGGAGAUGGACUUUUUGCGUGCGGUGAACGACGCAGACCCACAGGACAAGCGCCACAUAAUUCGACUUCUAGGUUCAUUCGAUCACAAGGGCCAUCUGUGCAUCGUGUUUGAGCACAUGUCGAAGAAUUUGCGAGACUUACUCAAGGAGGAGACCAAUGGACACGGUCUUACCCUGCCAGCUGUCAAGACAUAUGCUCGACAGAUGUUCCUCGGCCUGCACCACCUGCAGAAUUGCCAGGUCAUCCACUUAGAUCUGAAACCUGACAAUGUCUUGGUUUCGGCAGACAAGAAGACGAUCAAGCUUGCCGAUUUUGGAACUGCAGUCGACAAGCGAGACGUUAUUGAACGCACUGAAUACCUUGUCAGUCGGUUUUAUCGCGCACCUGAAAUCAUUCUUGGAAUGGAAAUCGGUCAUCCCGUUGACAUGUGGGCUAUAGGCUGCACCGUGUACGAACUGUGGACGGGAAAAAUCCUUUUUACAGGGCGGUCAAACAACCAGAUGGUCAAGGCUUUUAUGGACUGCUUAGGAUGGCCUAGUGAGAAACUGCUCAAGAAGGGUCUAUUGAACAAUGUUCUCGAACACUUCGAAGCUGGGCCACCCUUGAAGUUCAUCAGCCGUGAGGUCGAUCAAUACAACAAGCUUUCUGUUCGUAAAAUUGAACAGCAGAAGAAGAUCAACCGCGAUUUGAAGAUCCGAGUCCACGAUGCCGCUCGAGGCAUCGCUCAAGGCGGUCCAUCUGUCACCGAACUAAACGACUUUGCCGAUCUCUUGAACGCAUGCCUGCAUAUGAAUGUCGAGAAGCGCAUCCAACCAAAGGAAGCCCUCGCUCACAAGUUCCUCGUCAGUAAGAGCCUUGUACCAAAGUCCGCGGUAGUUAAGCCACCAAUGAUGAAGCGCGGCAUGCCUGGCAUUCGACGGUAA